AUGUACAACCCACCCCGGUCAGCGGACACCUGCGUCCCAUUAAUGGAUGUCUUCGAGAGCAACGGCGGCGAAAAUGGAAGCACUGUCGUGAUCGGAGAUUUCAAUGCACACCACACUUGGUGGGAGGAGCACACGACAGAAGUAGACGAAAGUUCAGACAGGUGGGUCACUGCCGUAGCGACGCUUGGCUUUGACCUCAUGACACCGCCAGACACACCCACUUUCUGCACGCACAGUGGGAGAUACACUACCAUAGACUUAGCCUUCACUAUCCCCGACAUCUACGACCGCAUAGUAGAGUGCCGAGGAGCGCCCGAUUGGUCCUCUGAGUCAGACCACCUCGCAGUCUACAGCAAAAUCGACCUUGAGAUACAAGAAGCCACAAGCACGCCGGCCUUCAACAUGAAGAGGUGCGACACGAGAAAGCUGAUCGAGGAGAUGACCACUAGGUGGCAAGCACAGCUCUCAACACUUCCUAGACUCAAAGACGACCCGGAGGCUGGGCAGCGACCCUGGUCCAAGCUACGCGAGAGAGCCUUGAGGAAUACACACCGUUCAAGAGGCCAUCUCCUCACUCGAAGUCCUGGUUCACACCAGCGCUACACCGAAUGA